AUGGGAGAUUGUAUCCUGGAAAGCAAUGACUCUGAAAUGGAUUUAGGGGUCAUUGUGGACAAGCAACUCAAAAUGAGCUCCCCGUCUGAUGCUGUGGCAAAAAAGGCUAAUGAAAUCUUUGGAUGUAUAAACAAGGGAAGUGAUUUUACCUCUGUGUACAGCAUUGCAGAGAGCACAAGACCAGGAUCAGAAGAGCAGGUCCCUCUGUAUGAAGAAUUUAUUUACUGUUGUGGAGCUGCUACUCAGGUCUUAAAGUGUGGGCCCUGGAAAAACCUCUUGGAAACUGAAAGUAAAACUCUCCCCAGGCUCUUAUUUCUGAUUAUUCCAGGUAACCCAGGACUGGCAGGCUAUUACAGGACCUUCAUACGGGCAUUAUACCAUGGACUAAACCGGCGGUAUCCAGUUUGGGUUGUGAGCCAUGCUGGGCACUGCAAGCCCCCUAAUGGCAUGGGAAUGACAGAAGACACGGAUAUUAAAGAACUAGAGGAUGUCUUUGGACUUCACGGACAAAUUGAGCACAAGUUGGACUUCCUCAGAAAGAACGUGCCAAAAGAUAUGAAGCUUGUGCUGAUUGGUCAUUCAAUCGGUUGCUACAUCACCCUUGAAAUGAUGAAGAGGGCAUCAGAACUUCAGGUUCUCCGCUCUGUGCUGCUGUUUCCAACAAUAGAACGCAUGGCUCAGUCCCCGCAAGGCAAGCUCCUGACACCUGUGCUGUGCAAGCUUCGGUACAUUCUGUACAUGCCAGUCUACCUGCUGUCAUUUCUCCCGGAAAGAGUCAAAACUUCCAUGGUGCAAUUUGUGCUGCGAGGAUUGAAAUAUCCUGAUGAAGCUUCAAUAGUUACCUCCCUAAAUCUCUUCAGUGUGGAUUGUGUUGCGAAUGUCCUGUAUAUGGCAAGUCAAGAAAUGAUGAAGGUUGUGGAGCGAGACAGUACAACUAUAAAACAAAAUUUAAAGAAGCUGAUUUUUUAUUAUGGAGUUGCAGACAACUGGUGCCCACAACAGUAUUUUGAAGAGAUCAAGAUGGAUUUUCCGGAUGGGGACAUUCGGCUCUGUGAGAAGGGAAUCCGCCAUGCUUUUGUCCUAGAUGCCAGCAGAGAGGUGGCGGCGAUGAUCACAGACUGGUUACAAGACAUUCUGACCAGAUUAUAA